UUUUUUUUUUUCUUCUUCUUCUUUCCUUUUUUUCUUUAUAUAAUCUAUAGAUAUUUCCCUUUUUUUUCUUUUAUUCGUAAAUAAUUCUUUACAAUGGACGAUACUUUUUCUUCUUCAAUGGAUCGAUUCAACGAAGUCAAACCAAGAAAUACAAUUACAUUUAAUGAAAAAUAUAACAAGUUAGAAACGUUAGGUCGCGGCAAUUUUGGUAAAGUAUAUCUAGUAGAAAAUAAUGAAACUAAAGAAAAGUAUGCAGCCAAAGUGAUUGAUAGAAAAGCAUUUAAAUCAAUCGAACAGAACCAACAUAUUGAAAGAGAACUAGAAAUUUGUAAAUCAUUUGCUUCAGAUCUAAAUCAUCCUAAUAUUGUUCAAGUAUAUGAUGUUAUGAUAGAAAAUGAUUAUAUUUAUAUUGUCAUGGAUUACAUUGAAGGAGGUGAAUUAUUUGAUCAUAUUCGACAGGCAAAAGGAUUAUCACCUUCAACUUCUCGUAGAUGGUUUCGACAGCUGAUACAAGCUGUUGACUAUAUACAUAAAAAUAAUAUUAUUCAUAGAGAUUUGAAACCAGAGAAUAUCAUGAUUGAUAAAUCACAACGCCUUCGUAUUUGCGACUUUGGUUUCGGUAAUAUUGUCAAGAGACAACACGAAGUAUUAAAUACAUAUUGUGGAAGUCCCUUUUAUGCUGCACCAGAAAUGGUAACUGCUACACCUUACUAUGGGCCACCUGUAGAUUUAUGGAGCUGUGGUGUCAUUUUAUACGCCAUGUUAACAGGGUCUUUGCCCUUUCAGGGAGGUGAUAUGCCUGCUCUCUUUCAUCGUAUUAGUUCAGGAAUCUAUACAGUACCAUCUUCCGUGAAUAAAGAUGCUAUCGAUCUCAUCAGUCGUUUACUCUGCAGGGAUGCUAAGCAACGGUAUUCAGCUGAAGACUGUUUAAAUCAUCCUUGGUUAGCCUCCUCUUCUUCUUCUUCCCUUUCCUCACAGCGUACCACUAAUUUUUUCAAACACUAUUCUUUACGUUGUUUCCCUAUUUCAUCCCAUAUAGCCUUAGCGAGUCGACUGACUCGAAAGAAAAUCGAUAUUCUCUCUACUACAUCUCUUAUCGAAACUAAGUUUCAGGUUACAACAAAGGAAGAUGAUAACGAAAUCAUGAUGCAUAGUAAAAGGAGACCCUCGGAACUCUUCAUGCGAGUAUUUAGGAAAAAAUCACAAAUUAAGCCAAUCUCCAUUUCAAAGAAGAAUGAGAGAAUAUCAGCAGAACCGAUUAUAGAGAAUAUAAGUAAGGAUAAACUAAAUCACUCCGAUAGCAGUAGCAAGAAACAAUUUCGUUCAAAAUAUCUCUUUGGAAAGUUUAGAGGCUUCUUUAACUUUUCAUUACAAAAGCGAAUUACAUAAUAAUUAAUAGAUCCUUAUUCACAUAGAAUUAUUCCCCUUUCCUUCUCUCUCUUUUUUUUUUCUUCUCUUUUCUUUAUUAUUAUUAUUAUUACUACUACUACUACUAACUAUUCUAAUAAAUACAAC